AUGCCUGUCUUUCGGCUCAAAACCGUUUUCCCUCUCAUCGCGCUCUUCUCCAUAAUUGGGUUCUUCUGGGGCAUGCAACGCUACGAUCAUGCGGCCCUUCGGUUCAAGCAUCCAGUCGACCGUGUAGCGCCGACAACUCAAACUCCUCAGAUCCAGCUGCAACCAUCGUCGCCUGACUCUACAAAGACUUGCGAGGCAGAUCCUAAUAUCAGGCCUCCCUUGCCAUUCACCGAAUGGCUUCCUCGCAAGAAUUAUACUCGUGCCUACUUCCGUCCUCGCUUCGUGAGCCCCAGAGCAGAAUUCAAUUCUCUUGAAGACAUCAAUGUUCCUGUCCUUCCACCUAUGACUGUUAUGGAACGUGGCAUGGUUGUUUCGCCGGAUAACAAGGAUCCUUCGUUACCAUGUCCUCCAAUCAUCGAUGUCGAUGUGGCCGCGGACGAUGCGGUUGAUGAAACAGACAAGCUCCUGUUCGGCCUUGCUACGACUGCUGACCGUCUGGAUCGCCUUCUUCCUUCGCUUCUGUACUCUUAUGGUAACACCAAGGCUAGUAUCAUCGUUCUUGUUCCAGAGUCGGACGAUGAUCUGGACAAGCAAAUGACUUACUUCCGUAACCGUGGCUUGGACCUAACUUUGAUCAAGUCUCCACUUGACUUCACCGCUCGCUAUUUCGGCCUGGUCCAGGCGUUUGCUGAGCACAUCCGAACCAAGCGCCCUCAAACCACAUGGGUCAGUUUUAUCGAUGAUGACACUUUCUGGUUAUCCCUUCCCACUGUCGCCGAGGAACUGAAGCUUUUCGAUGUGAACAAAAAGCAUUAUAUUGGUGCUUUGUCCGAAGCCAGCUGGCAAGUUGAUACCUUCGGACACAUUGCCUUCGGAGGUGCUGGUGUCUUUGUCUCCAAACCGCUGCUCGAUGUCCUCGAGCAAUACUACGAUGAGUGCCAGUCAUGGGGUGAGCAGCCCGGUGAUCAGAAACUUGGCCAGUGCAUACAGAAAUACGGCGAAACUCCUCUUACACUUUGGCCCUCGCUCUACCAGAUGGACAUGAAGGGUGAAGUCGAUGGUGUUUACGAGUCUGGGCGGAAGAUCGAGUCUCUGCAUCACUGGAACAGUUGGUAUACCAAGGACGUGGUGAAGAUGACCACAGUGGCCGCCGCGGCAGGUCGAAAAUCAGUCCUUCGGCGCUGGGUUUUCGACCAGGAGGAAUAUGUCAACAACUCUACUGGCAAGUCCGUUCGCACGUUCUGGGUCAUGACCAACGGCUAUUCUCUUGUCAAGUACACUUAUGACGAAAACACCCCCGAUGAUGCGAUCAACUUUGAUCACACUGAGAAGACUUGGGAGGAAGACCCUCGUGGUUAUGAGGCUCGCCUGGGCCCUCUCCGUCUCAAGGAUCAAGCAGGUGUCACCAAGGACCGCUGGUUGUUGAGGGAAGCUUAUGUCGUUGGUGACAACGUGCACCAAUGGUAUGUGCGUGAAGAGGAUGAGGGCCACAGUGUCAUUGAAAUUGUAUGGCUUGGACCUAAGGGAGGCGGUGGAGCUGGUGUACAUGAUUACGCUGUGAGAAAGCAGCAUUAA